AUGUCUCUGGAUCUCAAACCCCGGCUCGCCACUUCCUCCGAUAAGCUCACGAUUGCAACCUUGGUCAACGAAGCUUACACCCCCUACAUUGAGCGGAUCGGCCGGAAGCCCGGCCCCAUGCUUGAGGAUUAUGGGGCGCAGAUCGACGCCGGACGAGUGUAUGUGGUGGAGAAGGAGGGGGUAAUGAGUGGGAUUUUAGUGCUGAUUCCGGAGGAGGGGACGAUGUUACUGGAUAAUGUGGCUGUUGCACCGGCAGCGCAGGGGGUGGGGUUGGGGAAAAGGCUGAUGGGGUUUGCGGAGGGGAAGGCAAGAGAGAGCGGAUUUGAACGCAUCAGAUUGUAUACGAAUGAGAAGAUGGUGGAGAAUCUGAGGAUUUAUGAGAGGUUGGGGUAUGUGGAGACACAUCGAGGGUGGGAGAAUGGGCUGCGGAGAGUGUACAUGGUGAAGGUGUUACAUUGA